AUGGAAUCGUUCUGGACCCACAAUGGCGCACCAGACGCUUGGCACUUCCUCGUCGUUAUCUACUUCGCUUUUGGGUUUUUGGCUGCUCGGCUCUUCUUUGACAGAUUCAUCUUUUGCAAAAUUGCCAUCUGGUUGUUGAGCAAGGGAUCUGCUCCAUUGAAGCUCGAUAUGGCUACACGGGCAAAGGUUGUAAAAUGUUCAGAGUCACUUUGGAAGCUAACGUACUAUGCCACUGUUGAAGCAUGCAUUCUCAAGAUAAGCUACCAGGAGCCAUGGUUCAGAGAUACAAAAGAGUACUUUAAAGGCUGGCCAAACCAGGAGUUGGGGUGA